AAAAAAGCCAGAAACAAGUCACUGACACCACCUUAACUGGCAUGAGUCAAAGGAGACUGUGUAACCUGCUGCAGCCUUCAGUUGUUUAACUCAACAUUUGACGGUGUUUUAUUGACCAUGAGAGUUUUAAUAGGAGGGGGAUCUGGGUUUGUGGGCCGUGAGCUGAGUCGCCUGCUCAGAGAUAAAGGUCAUGAGGUCACAGUGGUAUCUCGACAGCCUGGUCCAGGGAAGAUAACAUGGGCUGAGUUGGAGUCUAGUGGUCUCCCACCAUGUGAGGGCGCUGUCAACUUGGCUGGAGAGAAUCUGAUGAACCCGCUCCGAUGGUGGAAUGAAAGCUACAAAAAGGAUCUGUUCUCCAGUCGUAUUGACACUACGAAAACUCUCGCUCAAGCCAUUGCUGCUUCCCCCAGUCCUCCUCGCUCUUGGGUCCUGUUAUCAGGUGUAGCUUGUUACAAGCCCAGUCUGACAGCUCAGUAUACAGAAGACAGUGAAUGGACACCAUUCGACCUCCUCUCCAGACUUGUGAAAGAGUGGGAGGCCUCUGCACUUCUUCCUGAGAAUAUGUCAAAAACCACAAAACAAGUUGUGAUCAGGCCUGGGGCAGUAUUGGGCCGUGAUGGGGGUGCCAUGAAGCAAAUGCUGCUGCCUUUCUGGCUCGGCCUCGGAGGCACUCUGGGGUCAGGAAGUCAGCCGUUUCCCUGGAUCCAUGUCUCAGACCUGGCAGGAAUCAUAGCCCACACCCUGGAAUCCCCUGCUGCUGCUGACACUCCCUCUGCAUCACCCCAAGUGUUUAACGGCGUCGCACCUGCACUGAACACCAACUACGAGUUCACUAAAGAGCUGGGCCGGGUCCUGAGGAGACCCACCAUUUUUCCUGUGCCUGGCUUUGUCUUGAACUCCCUAAUGGGCUCUGAGAGGGCCGUGGUCCUCGUGCAGGGCCAGAAAGUCAUACCAAAGAGGACUCAAGAAACUGGAUUUCAAUACAAGUACCCAGACUUGACCUCCGCCCUGAAACAGAUUGUUGGGAGUUAACAGAUGUUGAAAUAAUGUGUGCUGACUUUUCUGUAAUUGUGUUCUCAUAUUUACAGCAUUACAUGAUUAUAAACAAGUACAACAGCUUAAAUCAGUACUUGAACAAGAACUCCAGAUCAAAAACGGGAAGACGAUACAUUCUGUAAAUCCCAAAAAUCUUCACAUCUGAGUUUGUUCAUACUUGGUAUUUAAAAUAGAUUUGAGCACCUGAGACAACAGACAUGAAUACAGGUGUGAUGGCAUCCCUGCACCUAUUUGGGGUGCACUGGGAUCUGACCAUUCAAAAUGGACUGCUCAGCAUUAAGAUUGAGUCAGGAUGACACUGAGGGGCUGCAGAGCAUGAAAAACCUGCUUAUGCCAAACAAAUGGGAUUAAGUUUAAAAAUCCAUUUCACAGUAGUCUUCUCUUCAUGCUGCUCAGAUGUGUAGUUUUCCCUGCUCAGCAGCAUUUGCUCUUUUCUUUCACAUAAAGGACUCUGAUGUCAGCUGUGAACUCAGUCUGGACAGUAAGGCUGCAACUAAUGAUUAUUUACUGGAUUAAUCAUUCGUCUAUAAAAUAUUACAGAACUGUCAAGAAAAUAUUCAUCACAGUUUCUUACAGCCCAAGGAGAUGACAUCAAAUGUCUUGUUUUAUCUGAUCAAAACUUUAAGACAAGGAAAAGCAGAGAAUUGUCACAUUUGAGAAACUAAAAGAAUCAAAUAUUUCUCUUUUUUCCCCACGUUCCUUCAGCAAACUAAUGCAGCACACUUCCUUUGAACAGUACACCCACUACAGUGUAAUCAUCAGCAGAAAGUUAUCAUGAAGACCAGUGGUGCUUUUGGACUUUGGGACUCAAUAAAGGUGUGCAGCAUGACACGGUUGUGACCUUUUAUUUAAGUAAUCUGUUGUCAAAUGAGUUCCAGUCAGGAAACAUAAAUGUUCUGCUGAUCGAAAAACUGAUGAGUCCUUGGAUGGCAGUCUUAGCUUUUUACUCUUCCUCGCUGAAUCAUCACUCUGAAUCAGUCUGGACGUCAUCAUCGUCUUUCUGAAUGAUCGGCAGCUGAUCUCCCCAGUCGCUGUUCCGAGCACAGCGGUACACAUCUCUGAUUGAAGGAAAUCAACACAAUUUUCAGUCAAAUUGAGGAAACUCACGAUCAGACCACAAGGGCUGGGCAUCAAUACUUAUUUGGUACAGUCAGAAAUUAAAAAACAAAUAAAACAAAUACAAAAUAUGAAAACAGAGUCAGAAAUAAAAAUCAUUGCCAUCUGCCAAAUGCAGCUAAAAAUCUGCCACAAGGGUUAUGGAGUUUUGAAUGGCCGCCAUUGGCUUUGACAGUAUGUGUGAUGCAAGACCUUCACCUGCUGUGCUUUCGUGCUGUCACCACCAGGUGCUGCAGCUGUCCGUCCGGGCAGCACAUUCGACAGUGGACGUGUCUUGUUCUGCACUGCACAGGUGCGACCAGCCUGGCCCAAUCCACGCCUUCUGUUUCUGCCUGCGGUGGUUCUGUCCGAGUCAGAAUCAAGUAGCUGAACUUCUCCGUCUGCUGCUCAUUGCGCUGGAAAGAAAUAAAUGGAAUCUUUUAAUCUUUGACUGCCUGUGUCUAAGCAGUUUCAUACAUUUACUUUACAGGUUUGCUACCUUCUGUCUGUUUCCAAUGGGACAUUCUGACCCACAGUGAUAACAAAAAUCUUGAUAGUGCAUCAUGAAAAAAACGAAUAUGAUUGUGACUCCUGUUAUUAUUCUUUGUCUUACUUCUUUUUGUGUGAUAAUCAUGCACUUUUAAAAGUUAGGGAAC